GCUCAGCUCCCCAGCAUGAGCCGCGGGCGGCCGCAGCCCCCCGGCCCCCGCCGCUCAGCCCCGCCCCGGGCAGCGGCUCAGUAGCAGCGCGGAGCCCCGCGGAGCCGGGCGCGGCGCGGGUGGGGCAGGGAGCGAAGGGCGGGAGCGUCCGCGCAGCCGGGGUUGAUGUUUAACCUGGAGCGCCCGUUCACGGAGAGGGGCCGCGUCUUCUCCUCCAUGGAGUACCAGCGGCAGCUGGAGGAGGAGGAGGGCUACCCGCCUCCCGGCACCAACGGGACCUUCAACGACAGCGGUGCCGGGCUGGGCUGGGGCACACCGUACCCCCUGCACACCACCGUCACCCUCAUCAGCCUGGCGGGUUUGCUCAUGCUCUUCACCGUCUUCGGCAAUGUCCUGGUCAUCAUCGCUGUCUUCACCAGCCGGGCGCUCAAGGCCCCCCAGAACCUCUUCCUGGUCUCCUUAGCCUCAGCCGACAUCCUGGUGGCCACGCUGGUCAUCCCUUUCUCCCUGGCAAACGAGGUGAUGGGGUACUGGUACUUUGGCAAAGUCUGGUGUGAGAUCUACCUGGCCUUGGAUGUGCUGUUCUGCACCUCCUCCAUUGUGCACUUGUGUGCCAUCAGCCUGGACCGCUACUGGUCCAUCACCCAAGCCAUCGAGUACAACCUCAAGCGCACCCCACGCCGCAUCAAGUGCAUCAUCUUCAUCGUCUGGGUCAUCUCGGCCGUCAUCUCCUUCCCACCGCUCAUCUCCAUUGAGAAGAAGAGCGGGCAGCAGGCUGACCAGGGGGUGGCAGGGUGCAAGAUCAACGAUGAGAAGUGGUACAUCAUCUCUUCUAGCAUCGGCUCCUUCUUUGCCCCCUGCCUCAUCAUGAUCCUGGUCUACAUGCGCAUCUACCAGAUAGCCAAGAGGCGGACCAGGGUACCGCCGAACAAGCGGGCAGAGCGCCCCGAGAAGAGGCAGAACGGCUUGGCCGACAAGGAGGACCUGCCAACCACAGCCCAGCUCAACGGGGAGAAGGCAGCAGGGGAUGGCGGCGGGCAGGAGGGAGAGGUCAAUGGCAUAGACAUGGAGGAGACCUCUUCCUCUGAGCACCAGGAAAACAACCAGUGUAAGAAGUCAGAGAGGCCAUCGAGGGGAAAGACCAAGACUAAGCUGAGCCAGAUUAAGCCUGGGGACAGUUUGCCUAGGAAGGUGGAGGAGGAGAGGAACACCAAAGGGUCCCGGUGGAGGGGCAGGCAGAACCGGGAGAAGCGCUUCACCUUUGUGCUGGCGGUGGUGAUUGGGGUGUUUGUCAUCUGCUGGUUCCCCUUCUUCUUCACCUACACGCUGAUGGCCGUCUGCAAGAGCUGCUCUGUGCCCGACACCCUCUUCAAGUUCUUCUUCUGGUUCGGUUACUGCAAUAGCUCCUUGAACCCCGUCAUCUAUACCAUUUUCAACCAUGACUUCAGACGGGCCUUCAAAAGGAUCCUCUGCAGGAUAGAGAGGAAAAGGAUUGUUUGAGGGACCCUUUGCUAUGGGCAGGACUAGUUCAAGACUUUGUAGGAGAGUACAGCAUGGCUCUCUGGGACUGUGCUUGCAUGGGAUGGUUUCCUUCAGCUCGUGAGCAGGAAGCCUUUAAAACCCGAGAGGAGCGUAUGGAAACGCUGAGGAGCAGCAGGCAAGUGGAAGUCCGAGCUGUGGCAUUUGGCUUUCCAAGGGAGGAUGGCCUUUGACUUGCUUAGUUUAUUUUGUUAGUUCUUUUUUCCUUUUUGCCAGAAUCUCUCAGUGGAUAUUUUCAUGACUGCUCAGUUUGACUCUUUAAAGAGGAGCCACAUGCAGCUCCGUGAGAUGAACAACAAAGAGGGAGUAUGCCACCCCAGAGGUGUUGACUUUUUUUAUUUUGUUGUAUUGUUUUUUUUUUUUUCCUGUUGUAUAUGUAAUUAAUUUUAACCCUCUUGUAAAAUACAGUAUUGUAUCCCUGAAUCUGAAUGUCUUAAUUUUUGUAAGGCAAGCAGCUUUGAAACUGUGAAUGCUUUAAUUAUCUUUGACACCUUAAAAGUCCCUCUCUUCGCACCCCCUGAAAACUCCCUCACUCAAACCCACUGAUCAACUAGAGCCAUUCCCCCUACCUGACGGUUUGAUAAUAUUACCAAAAUUUCAAUGUCCUGUCUUUUUUUUUUGGGGGGGGGGGGGGGGGGGGGGGGAGGGGGGGGCUAUAAAGCUUAUGAUCAGACACCUCCAUCAGACUGUCUAUUUUUGUUGUUAUUUUUAUAUUGUGCCUGAUUCUGUUGCCUGUGAUAUAAUACAGCUGAGAUGGUAACUGCCCUCUCGUUAUUCGUUAAAGCAGACCCUGAUGGAGCAGUGGCUUUGCUGUGCGGGCAGGGACGUCCCGGGCGGUGUGAAGCUUGGGACCCGGCCAAGCUCCCCACGAGUUAAUCUCAGUUGAUAUUAUACCACACUGCAGCACCGAAACGUGUUCGAUGCUAACUUGCUUCCCUCGCCUCCAACUGUAAAUAGGUAACAUUUCAAAGCAAAUAGCAGGGCUCUGCAUAUCAUGUUAUCUCAUUUGUAUUGAUUUGUAAUGGUUUAACUCCUGUGGGCUCUCCUGUGGAAGAGGAGGGGGUUUGUGCACAGGGGCUGUUCCAUCUUUCUGAAUUAAGGGAGAAGGCUUGAGUUUUUAAUCUGUCAGUCCCAUCUUUCCUAGGAAAUACAAAAGCAUCCCUCUUUCAGUCUUAUAGAGGGCAAAACUCAGAUGGGAAACUUAACUGACAGUUUCUCCAGUAUUUUAUAGUGUAAUUAAGUGUAAUUCUUUUUUUUUUUUUAAUAAAUGUGUAAAUAUUGUGAGAUUGGAGCAGGAGAGAGAGUUAAUACUGCUUUUACACUCCUUUCCUGAAAUGUCAUUCAGCUUUCUGCAAAAAAAAAAAAAAAAAAACCCCAAAAAACGCAAACAACCCAACAAAACCUACCCACAACAAAAAUGGACAGAACAAAUCUAACAUCCUUGUGCCAUGAAGAAAUUUCUGGAGAAUGUUAAAAGGAAAAACUUUUGAUUCAUCACAAUAAAUGAGUCUGCAAGCCUUUUAGUGUUAUGAAAACAGCUUUAUCAAAUACUGACAAGUCAUAGAAAUUGCUUGGAGAAAGCAAAGUUUGUAAAAGUCUCAUGUGUAAGAUGAAUUUGCCUUCUCUGGAGUUGUAUAGUACACAGGAAGAGACUUUAAAAUACCUUUUUACUUUUGGGAAGUGUUUUGUUGAUUUUGCUCUCUUUUGACUUUGUAAUUAACUCCAAGGGUCCCCAGAUGCACCUUGGGACCUGGAGAGCAAUGUUUACAUUCACUUGCAUUUUCAGAAUUGAAUCCUCAAGAGGUGAGGAAAACAAAUAAACUGUGCUUUAAUGUAAAAAAAAAAAAAAAA